AUGUCUGGACCGUUAUCUCCUAGGACAGCUCUUGAAAAGACUGACCGUGUUGGUUCUUUGAAGAAGAAAGCAAUGAGUGCCUCAAGCAAGCUAAGGAAUUCCCUAACAAGGAGUCGUAGGCGAAGCAGCAGCAAGGUUAUGUCCGUUGAAAUCGAGGAUGUCCGUGAUGCUGAAGAGUUGAAAGCUGUUGAUGAGUUCCGUCAAGCUCUUGUGUUGGACGAGCUACUUCCUGAGAAGCACGAUGAUUAUCAUAUGCUGCUUAGAUUCCUGAAAGCCAGAAAAUUUGACAUUGAGAAAGCAAAACAAAUGUGGUCUGACAUGCUUCAAUGGAGGAAGGAGUUUGGUGCUGACACCAUCACGGAGGAUUUUGAAUUCAAGGAACUGGAGGAAGUCUUGCAAUAUUAUCCCCACGGAAAUCAUGGAGUAGACAAAGAUGGAAGACCUGUGUACAUUGAAAGAAUUGGCCAAGUAGAUGCCACCAAGUUGAUGCAAGUCACAACCUUGGAUCGCUAUAUCAAAUACCAUGUCAAGGAGUUUGAGAGGACAUUUGAUCUCAAAUUUGCAGCUUGUUCCAUUGCUGCAAAGAAGCACAUUGAUCAAAGUACAACCAUCCUGGAUGUGCAAGGAGUGGGCCUUAAGAGCUUUAACAAACAUGCCAGGGAGCUCAUCACUCGCCUUCAGAAGAUUGAUGGUGACAAUUAUCCAGAGACCUUGAAUCGCAUGUUCAUCAUCAAUGCAGGUUCUGGAUUCAGAAUGUUGUGGAACACCGUGAAGUCCUUCCUUGAUCCAAAGACUACAGCUAAAAUCCAUGUUCUUGGCAACAAGUAUCAAAGCAAAUUGCUUGAAAUAAUUGAUGCAAGUGAGUUGCCAGAGUUUUUGGGAGGUACUUGUACCUGUGCUGAUCAAGGAGGCUGCAUGCGUUCUGAUAAGGGCCCUUGGAAGGAUCCAGAAAUAUUCAAGAUGGUUCAGAAUGGUGAGCACAAAUGCUCAAGAAAAUGUGAGCCUCCUGUCGUGGAAGAGACGGUAACUUCUCAGGGACACGAGACUUCCAACUGGGAGGCAAAUCUCACCUCACAACUGUCUUCUGUCUUUGCCGAGGCCCCUGCUGCUAAAGCUUGCAAUUACGAGGACUUUGUCCCAGCGGCUGAUAAAACUGCUUGGAAAAAGGUCGAAGAAAAUCAGACAUUUGCAGUUUCGAAAGCAGAAGUAGAAUCUUUCGCCAUGGCUGAUUCGUGCAAGAUUCACGAAAAAGUGAACUACCAAAUUUUCACUGGAGUGAUGGCCUUUGUCAUGGGAAUUGUCACCAUGGUGAGGAUAACACGAAACAUGCCAAAGAAGCUUACUGAUGCAAACUUCUACUCAAAUACCGUUUACUCUGGUGACUAUAAAGGGCAGGUCCCUUCUGACCAAAUGACUAAUUCUUCUAUUUCUCCUCGAGAGUUCAUGACUGUGAUGAAACGCAUGACUGAUUUGGAAGAGAAAAUGCUCAACAUGAAUCAGACUGUUAUUUGCCUGCCACCUGAGAAGGAGGAAAUGCUGAAUGCUGCUAUAAGCCGUGCAGAUGCUUUGGAGCAAGAACUUUUGGCAACAAAGAAGGCCUUGGAGGAUUCACUUGCCAUGCAACAGGAGCUUUCAGCUUAUGUUGAGAAAAAGAAGAAGAAGAAGAAGUUGGUAAGUACACUACAUUGGACAUACACCCAUAUCUAA